AUGAAUAAAAAUACUGCGAUCGUGCCCGAUUCUGAGCUUCAUGUACAAUCGGAUUCGCUAUGGACCGCCAUCAAGAAAUAUUUUAUGUCUUAUCCAAGGUUGGCUGCCAAGGGAUUAGCUUUGAGGAUGCCUUGGUUAUCUUUCGACUUCAUAGUUGAAUUUCUCGCCAUCCUUCCCGUCCCACAGGGUUAA